GCGUAUAUUGCUCAGUUGCGACUAUCUCUCCUCAAGAAUUGUUACGCUGCGAUGAAAGAAAGUUUCUCUCAGGAUAUAUCAAUAAUGCAUUAAUGCAUAUCAAUUCACGAAAGCGAUAUUAUUUUCUUUUUUUCUCAGUUAUCUUUGUUUCGUCAGGCAUGCAAAACUUUGAAGUUAAUGUCUUCACGGAGCAACUUUCUUUUACCGAACAUUGGGGGGUAUAUUGUAGUGUGUUGAUCAUGUGAAAUAUCGUCGCCACUCUUAUCGAAAAAUGCAAUAUUUAUGACACAUCGAUUAUUCUAUAGACUUCAUGUUUAGUACAUAAAUACGUCAUGUCACGCGGAGUAUGUGCGAUGGUUAGUGGGGGGAUAAAAAUAUUUUUUUUUACGGAGGAAAACAGUACGUGGUCGACCUUAGAUAUGGACGUUAUUAGACAUUCAGGAUACGCAGACUUUGAAUGGGCGAUAGAAUUGAAUCGCUAUAGCUUGGAAUUCAUCGGUCUUUGGCCGAAAAUGGAAGAAACAGCGCGAGAGAAAUUAAUAGCUAACAUACGAGUAUUUCUAUUGAUAAUUAUGGUAACCUGUGUCUGCGUAAUUCCUUGUAUACAUUCUCUAAUAAGAGUUUGGGGCGAUCUGAUGUCAAUGACGGACAAUUUACAGUUCACUUUACCUUUAGUGUCGAUGACAAUGAAACUCAUCAUUAUGUGGCGCAAAAAAGCUGCCCUUGCGCCGAUCUUGUAUAUGAUCGCUAAAGAUUGGCUGAAACUGAACUCCGACGAAGAACGGAAAAUUAUGAUAAGAUGCGCGCGGAUUCCUCGCAUGAUCAUAAUCUGCGGAUUCGUCAUAAUGUUUGGGUCGUUUAUCUUAUUGUUUAUUCUUCCGUGCUUCGGGAUCACCGUGCGGUACAUAACUAACGUGACCGAUCCGGGCAAACCAUUGCCCCUGCAGACAUAUUACUUCUACGACACAGAUACGAGUCCGUACUUCGAGCUCACGUUCGCCGCACAAUGUGUUACUCUCAUGGUAUCUGCUAUGGGUUACACCGCGAUUGACAGUAUGUUUGGAUUGUUGGUUUUCCAUGUCUGCGGUCAAUUGGAGAAUCUUAAGGGGCGGUUAAUGACGAGUUCUGAAAAAAAUCCAAAUUUUGAUCAUGUUUUAGCGGACGCUGUAAUGGAUCAUGUACGCCUUAUCAGAUGUGUUAGAAUCAUUGAAAAUACAUUUACUUUGAUGCUUCUUGGAUUAUUUCUCUACUUCGGUACAUUAUUUAGUGUAUACGGAUUUUCCUUAGUUACCGUUAUUACUGAUGGACGUCAUUUAUCUUUUCUAAGACUGUCAAGCCUUGUAACGGUUCUCGUGAAUAUUUUCGCACAUAUGUGUUUGUAUUGUGUGGUUGGGGAAUGUCUAAUAACGCAAUGUGAAGGUGUUUAUCAAGCUGUAUGUGAAUAUCGUUGGUACGAAUUAAAACCGAAGCAAGCCAGAAAUCUUAUUCUGUUGAUGACUCGCGCAAACAAGCCACUUAACGUAACUGUUGGAAAUAUCUUUCCUCUAACGAUGAAUUCCUUCUGCAGCCUACUAAAAACAUCAGGCGGUUAUAUAUCGGUUUUGCUUGCACGAUGUGAUUAAUGUGCAUCAUUGAAUUGCAUUAAUAAUAUAUAAUAAACAUAAUGAUAAGAACAAUACAAAUAUCAUUAUAGACAUUGACAAAGU